UUCUCACCCGGUGCUUUGCAUUUGGGAAGAGGUGAUUUCAAGAGUGGCCAGGUGGGACGCCUCUCUCCUUAUUCGGUUUACUAUUUAUUGUUUGGGGUGUUUUCUUUUUAAAUUCCUGUUUUGCUCGGCCCGGGGAGUUUCGCCCCCUGCCCGGCUCCGCGGCGCGUAGGAUGGUGUGGAAACGGCUGGGCGCGCUGGUGGUGUUCCCUCUGCAGAUCAUCUAUCUGGUGGCGAAAGCAGCCGUCGGACUGGUGCUGCCCGCCAAGCUGCGGGACCUGUCGCGGGAGAACGUCCUCAUCACCGGCGGCGGGAGAGGCAUCGGGCGUCAGCUCGCCCGCGAGUUCGCGGAGCGCGGCGCUAGAAAGAUUGUUCUCUGGGGCCGGACUGAGAAAUGCCUGAAGGAGACGACGGAGGAGAUUCGGCAGAUGGGCACUGAGUGCCACUACUUCAUCUGCGACGUGGGCAACCGGGAGGAGGUGUACCAGACCGCCAAGGCUGUCCGGGAGAAGGUGGGUGACAUCACCAUCCUGGUGAACAAUGCUGCCGUGGUCCACGGGAAGAGCCUGAUGGACAGUGACGACGAUGCCCUCCUCAAGUCCCAGCACAUCAACACCCUGGGCCAGUUCUGGACCACCAAGGCGUUCCUGCCGCGAAUGCUGGAGCUGCAGAACGGCCACAUCGUGUGCCUCAACUCCGUGCUGGCUCUGUCUGCCAUCCCCGGCGCCAUCGACUACUGCACAUCCAAAGCGUCAGCCUUCGCCUUCAUGGAGAGCCUGACCCUGGGGCUGCUGGACUGUCCGGGCGUCAGUGCCACCACGGUGCUGCCCUUCCACACCAGCACCGAGAUGUUUCAGGGCAUGAGGGUCAGCAUACUCCCACAGGCUGCACUCGAGGAGAUCCACAAAUUCUCAGGAACCUACACCUGCAUGAACACUUUCAAAGGGCGGACAUAGAGGCAGGAUGAAGACAUGCUCAAGGAGCCACGGCGUUUGGGGGCCACGGCACCUGGGCACACACCCAAGCGCCUGUCCAUUGGCACACUUCUGCUGGGUGAGCAGGACAGCUCCUGUCCCCAACAAAGAAGCCAACUGCCCCCGGGCCAGUCCCAGGACCUUUGCACAGGACUGAUGGGUGUAACUGACCCCCACGGGGAGGCAGGAAACCAGCCAGCAGCCACCUCGACACUUUUGUACAUUUCCAGUUCUGUAGAGUUUAUUGUUCAAUUGCUUCUCAAGUCUAACCAGCCUCAGCAGUGUGCAUAGACCAUUUCCAGGAGGGUCUGUCCCCAGAUGCUCUGCCUCCCGUUCCAAAACCCACUCAUCCUCGGCUUGUGCAAACUGGUUGAACGGCAGGAAUGAAAAAUAAAGAGAGAUGGCUUUUG